UCAAGUACGUGAUUGAGCUUCGUUUCAAGAGUCGAUAUUAGUAUUUAACAGAGUUUGCCGUGCGUCUGCGCUGUAGCGUUCGUUCUUGUUGUGCCUUUUGACUCGACGGACUUCCCGACCUUUAGUCUUCGAUCGCCACUCAUCCUCCCCGCCAAUUUUCUGAUUCUCAAAUCGUCUCGAUUCGAUUCGGCCUGGUUGGAAGAGCAAUCGCCAUCGUUCUUCAGACGUCCGUUUUCAGGAAAACCCUAGAUCGUCUCGGCGGCUUCAGUCUUCGGCCUAUCCGUUGGUAUAUUGUUCUUGAUCUUGUAUUCGAUAGGGAGAGCAUGGACGAUAGCUGUGCGGUGUGCGCCGAUAGCUUGGAAUGGGUCGCGUAUGGAAGUUGUGGUCACAAGGAUGUCUGUUCCACCUGCGUGGCUCGCCUUCGGUUCAUCUGUAAUGAUCCCCGUUGUUGUAUAUGCAAGACCGAAUCCGACCUCGUCUUCGUCACCAAGGCUUUAGGAGAUUAUACUAGGAUGAUCAAUGAUUUCUCAAUUUUUCCAUCGGAGUUAAAAGAAGGUCGAGUUGGUUCAUAUUGGUACCAUGAGGACACUCGAGCCAUUUUUGAUGACUUGGACCACUAUAGGAUGAUCAAGGCAAUGUGUAGGCUCUCAUGUAGUGUAUGUGACAAGAUGGAAGAGCGUCCCCAUGAUGGACCAAAGAGGCGGGCAAGGUUUCGGAACAUUGAGCAGCUGAAGGGCCAUUUGUUUCAUCAGCAUAGGUUGCUUAUGUGCAGCCUCUGCCUGGAAGGCAGGAAGGUAUUUAUCUGCGAACAAAAGCUAUACACUAGAGCACAAUUGAAUCAGCAUAUAAAUACGGGUGACUCGGAGGUGGAUGGAACUGAGAGUGAAAGAGGUGGUUUUAUGGGGCAUCCUAUGUGUGAAUUUUGCAGAAGCCCCUUUUAUGGGGAUAAUGAACUGUACUUGCAUUUGUCUACUGAACAUUAUACCUGUCACAUAUGCCAAAGACAGCAUCCUGGACAGUACGAAUACUAUAAAAACUACGAUGAUUUGGAGCUCCACUUCCAACGAGAGCAUUUCUUAUGCGAACAUGAGGCAUGCCUUGCUAAGAAGUUUGUCGUCUUUCAAUCCGAAGCUGAAUUGAAGAGACAUAAUACUAUGGAGCAUGGAGGGCGUAUGUCACGUUCUAAGCGAAAUGCUGCUCUUCAGAUACCAACCAGUUUCCAAUAUCGGCGAAGUAAUGAACGAGAUACCCGUCGUGGAAGGCGGCAGACAUUUCAUCAUGAUCAUUCAGAAGAACAACUCUCAUUGGCCAUCCAAGCAAGUUAUGAAACAGCUAAUGCAGAUUCAACAUUUCUUGAUCCGUCAUUGUCGAUCACACAAGUAGUUUCUGAUCAUGAAGAUGCAAAUGAUGUUAAUCCAAUUAUUCAACCAUUUGAAUUGCUAGCUACCACAGAUUCGGAACAACCAUCAAGAUACCUUCAGGCCUUGUCACAUAAGUCAAGAAAUGCUCCAUUGGAGGAGUCUUCCUUUCCUCCCCUGUUGACGACAUCUGGAAGCAGUCAACAAAAACCCAAAUGUGAGCCAGAAAGUUCACAUAGGAACUCAAUGGCAGCGCAUCUUCGCAAGCAGAACAACAGCAAGGUAACGGUCUCCAAUUCAGCUCAGGCUUGGCAGGCUGUGAGUCGUGCAGCUGUGCCAUCAGCUACUGGUCCUACCCACGCUAGGGAUGGUGCAACUGGAUUAUCUUCUACAUCUAGACAGAACAAGUCAGCAACAGAAAGUAGGCUUGGACCUUCUACUUAUUCAAGUUUGGCUCAGGUUCAACCAACAUCAUCAGUUCAUGAGCCAACAACAUUUGCUAGUUCAAGGAAAAUGGGCAUCACCAGUAGGAUGAACCACUCCACAUCUGCCCCAGACCUUGCCAGUAUUUCAUCUUUUGUUCCAUACACUUCUGAUUUCCCACCAGUCUCUGCAACACAAGUUCGCAAGUUGCCGACAAGUGGCCAGGCUAUGCUGAAAGUGGAAGAUGUCCAUGCUACAAACAAGUCUUUGGUAGAGAGAAUACGUUCUGCACUAGAAUUUGAUGAAGUGAAAUACACCGCAUUUAAGGAGAUAUCUGGAGAGUAUCGCCAGGGUUUAAUGGAUGCUGAGACUUAUCUAGGUUACGUGUAUCAGUUUAGCUUGUCACACCUUGUCAUUGACUUGGCUAGACUUUGCCCUGAUGUUAAGAAGCAGAGAGAACUUAUUGAGGCUUAUAAUGUUGCAUCCCUAAGCAAUGGCCUAGAAAAUGGUUGGGGCAAGGGCAGCGCCCAUAUGAAAGGCAGUAAUAGGUCCAAUAAAGGUAAAGGGAAGUCAGAUACCGAGGACAGCAGUUCACGGGAUUACUUAGCAGAUAACAUUAUAAGUACCGUGAAAAAAUUGCAGUCAAGCUACAAGCCUUCGGAAGAGGAGGUUGAGGUACUGACAAAGGAUGGAUACCGUACUGCCAAAGGCAAAUCAAAGGUCAUGUCUGAUGAGCCACAAGCAGAAAUGAAUGCUUCGAAACAACCCGCUGUAAAGCUGAAAGACAAAAAUGGUUCCCACUCAAGUGUUGCAGAAUCUAAUCAAAAUUCAGGUGAUGCUGGUAGGAAAAGUAAGCCGCGGAAGAAAACGUCAAAGUUUCACAGGGCUCGUCUGGGGGAUGGCUCAGUCGCAGCAUUCUUGGAUCUUAACAAUUCUGACCCUGACCCUGACCCUGAUCUCGAUUCAAAUCCAAGUGAAAGCGAUUCAAACAAUAGACCGACUGAAGCUUUGCCUGUGCAUGGUGUUUGGCGAAAUGGCGGUGGUCAUAGACUAUUAGCAAUGAGUGCUCGAAGUGCCAAGAAGUAGCCCCUGGCUGAAGCUUUGCCUGUGCCCGACUGAAGCUUUGCCUGUACAAGUUCAGCUGGCCUAUCUAAUUUGAAUGCUUAAAGAGAUGGAUUUGUUGUGUCAAAUAGCGCCUUUAAAACUCAUGUAUGGUUCCCCGAGCAAUAUUACAUGAUGAUUAUGCCUCACUAUUGGUGAUGAAUAGAGCAAAUGCAGCAUUGAAUGCUUGGGGCUGGUAGCUAUUUCUCAUCCAGGCGUGGUGUUCUCACAAUCUUGCAGCGUUUUUUGUGCUAAUGCAGAAGUGUAGAGCAGGGGGGCAAGGAAGGUUUCACCUUUUCUUUUUUAUUUUUUGCACUUCGUAGCAUACUAAAAAUAUCGGUUCAAUCAAUUGAGAAUGCGUCGGCUACCCUCCGGUUGGCGAGAUUGGAUCCUGGAGUGUUUUUGGUUAUCUACUAUUGUGUCUCUUUUUUUUCAUAAAGACUGUUGGUUGAAGUUUGAUGAAGAAACAUAAUUGUUUUGAAGUUUA